CUCGAGCUGAAUAGAGCAUUAUGUUGAUAUUCAAAUGUGCUGUGUAUUACCUGUUGGUGAGCAGGUGUCUGGGUGUCAUGAUCCCGUGUGGGAGUGGGAUGCUCCCGGAGCCUGGCUCAGUAGACAGACUCUUCACCUUUAAACAGAGCUGCUCAGUCAGUCUUCGAAUGUCCUUUGAACAGUUGUGGCUUAGUAUCUUCCUCUUAUUAGCUCAUUUUAAGAUAGUUUUCUGGUCAUAUUUCUGAAUCUGAAGGGAAGCCAACAUGGGAAAGUUCUCUCUCUGCGAAGCCUGUCUCUUGUUCUGUGUCGUGGUCUUGAAGCACAGCGACGCAGAGCCGCUCUACUUCCUCCAGGAUAACAGUGUGACCUGGGAUGAGGCCCGGAGCGAGUGUCAGCGCUGUUUCCAGGAUCUUGUGACUGUGAUCCCUAACACCACCAACGUCAUCAUCGCGUCGCAGACUCUCACCUCCGAUUACUGGAUCGGCCUCCGCAAGAACAUGUCCCCCUCCAGCAGCUUCACCUCCAACUCCAGCAGCGGCGCUGGCCUGCCCUGGUCCCGCUGGGCCAACGGGGGCCCCCUGGCCUUCCAGAACUGGUACCCUGGUUGGCCCAAGGUCAAACCCAACCCCCCCAACAUUAGCUGCUGCAGCUGCGCCUGCACCUGCCCGGCAGCGCCGGACCCGGUGCCGACGAGCGUCACCCACUAUGACGUCACCGCGGAAGACAUAUUGAACGGCAGCUACUUGAACAGCACACCAAACCUGAACUACCCGGCCGGGUCCAGUCCGUUUGCCAGCGUCUCGCCUGCGAUGCCGGUCGCGUCACAAUGUGAGAGAACCCCUAUGGCCCCAGUGCUCCCAGUGCUCCCAGAGGACCCUGAUCCCGACCAGGACUACAUCGAAGACUCGUGUGUGGCCAUGCUGAGCAACGGGGCCUGGGUGGAGAAGAACUGCUCCGACCUGCUGCCUUUUAUUUGUUAUGAAGAUCGAUUCUACGGCGGCGCCAGCGUGAGCAACGUGACGGCCAGCACCGCCAUCAUCGCCUGGCUGCCCGGGCCCAACGGCACCAGCCGCUACCGCCUGGAGGUCACAUACACCAACACCACCACGUACGAGGUGCUGCAGCAGGACAUCGCGCCGCCUUUCGCCUACACCUACAGACUGGAGAACCUGACGCCAGGUUCCAGGUACGACGUGGCGGUGUUCGCCAUCAAGUGCCAGCGAGACGUCAACGACGCCCAGAGGGUCAGCUUCUACACCAUCCCCAACAAAGUUGUGAACCUCACAUUCACGGCGCGGACGCCAACCUGCAUCAGCCUCACCUGGACCAAACCAGAUGAUGGCGUGGACCUGUAUCGCCUUCAGUACACAAAUGUAUCAAAGAACAUAUACCCAAACAGCAUAUUGGUUUGUGGGUUGACGCCUGGAACCCAGUACACCUUCACCGUCUGGUCGGGAGUCAAUGACACCUCCAAAUGGAGCGAACCAACCAGUAUCUCACUGUACACGGUGCCUGACAACGUGUCCAACCUGGGGGUGGCGGCCCGCAACAGCUCCUCACUGACGGUCAACUGGACCGGUCCCAGUGGAGCCUUCGCAGGCUUCAACGUGUUGGCCGUUAACGUGUUCAAUAAUACAGUCCUUUGGAGUCAGAACCAAAGCCAGACUUCUAGCAGCAUCACUGGGCUCCCGUCAGGGACUCAGGUGAACGUCACUGUGACCGUCGUGGGCUUUGACGGUCAGCAGGGGGUCCCCGUCCACAUGUUUAACUACACAGCUCCUGAUCCCGUCUUUAACCUGAAAAUGAACCCGACAUCCGACUCCUUCAACGUGACCUGGAACUACUCUGCACCCGUCUACUCACCCUUCUUGCUUCUGCUCAAGUCUUCGGCAGACACGGAUCAUUCAUCUAAUACAACAACUCUUUGGUUCAGUUUUUCUAGUCUGAAAACUGCAACUAAUUACACAGUGACUGUGUGGAGUGUUGUUGAGAAUACGCAAAGUUCCCCUCAAAUCUGCUCCAACUUCACCUUGCCGGUGCAGCCUGGUAAAGCCACAGUCCUGUCCAACAGCACCAACCAGCUCACCUUCCAGUGGACCCCCCCUGCAAACAUAGGGACCAGCAGCUACUCCGUCACCCUCAGCUCGCCGUUCUGGGGCCAGAGUUGGAAUGACACCACAAACCAGACCUCCUACAUGUUCACGAACUUGACAUCAGGCUCUAGUUACGCAUUUGAAGUGAGAACACUGGCCGGGGACUUGAAGAGUAAGCCGACAACAGCGUCGGCAAUGACAGACUCGGAGCUGCUGGACAUCAGUUUGGCGAUGCAGUGCUCCUCUGCGACGGCUCUGCUCUGCUCCCACAAUGCAACAAACAAGGAAAUAUUGGAAAAGCUGAACGCGACCAUUUAUAACUUGUUGGGCCAAAACGUUUUCUGGAGCUUAGGUAACGAGACCUUCCCAGACCCUGCUCCAUAGGUUUCAUAAAACUGUGUUGGUGAACAUUAAAUACAAAUGUUGUAUUGCAUCUAGGAGUAGUAUUAGUAGGAAUAGCAGUAGUACUACACUAACCAUCACAAUAUGUGUUUAUGCAAUAUUUAAUGAAAUGAGUAAUUUGUGUUUUAGGUGGGUUUCUGUCAUUAAAGUAUAAAUAGUUUUCAAGAUGCUGAUUUGUUUAAAGCCUGUUUCCUGUAAUAAAUCUCAGCAUCAUAUUGGUCCGUUUCCCUGAUUUUACUCUGACUUUUAUUAUCUGAUGUUUCUUCUUAAUAAUAAAAAGCUAUUACCGGGA